AUGCGUUCCCGAGAAGAGUCGUCGAAGUCCUUCACCAGAGACAACUCCAUGGUCCUAGAGCAGAAGAACGUGUCUGCGGCUGACAUUCAGUACCACGUCAUGCAGGAGAUCUGCCGCAGUCACAUUCGUAUCCGGGAGACAGCGCUGCAGAAGCCCCCGCCCUUUUUACAGGGUCGCUACAAGCUGGUGCGCUAUGAGGACCUAGCCCGAGCCCCGCUGGAGGAAAUCACCUCCAUUUAUGACUUUGUGGGCCUGGAAAUGUCUGGGGCUUUGGAGGAGUGGAUCUAUAAAGUCACACACGGCAAAGGAAAGGGCACCAGGAAAGAGGCCUUUGAAGUCACCUCUCGAAACGCCGUGGAUGUGUCGCAGGCCUGGCGCACCAAGCUACCACAUGCUAAAGUGCGACGUGUGCAGGAUCUGUGCCGCAGCGCCAUGUCCAUGCUGGGAUACCGGCCGGUCAACAACGACAAGGAGCAGAGGAAACUGGAUAUUGACCUGCUAGUGCCACGAGAGCCGUACCGUUUCAGCUGGUUACCUGCCGAAACUGAGCAGCCAAACGUGAAGCCUUAA